AUGCGGCUAUUAUAUCUAUAUAUAUUCAAUGAAUUUCUAAAGUUAAUUUUAGCAUUUACGCCUAAUAAUACAGUCUGGGGGCAUAUCAAUGCACUUGCUGGCUCUAGAAUAUAUUAUACAGGUGGUGUAAUUCCAAAUGCAACAAUUUGGAAGAGCAUUAUAGACUUUUCUAACACACCAAAUCAAAUGGCCACACAAUCCAAAGAAUUUUAUUAUCUAGAUGUAUCAACCGGGUUCAAAAUAAAUGGAAUAAUACCUUGGGUAGAUCUUAGUUCAUCAUCAAUUAUUCCACCACAUUCUUGGAAUGCAUUUUCGCUUUGCGGAUCUGAUAAUAGUACAUUGGUAAUGUUUGGAGGAGAUUUUGGUAGUACUACUCCUAUAAACUUAGUUUUCACAUACAAUUUAAAAACAUUACAAUGGAGCAAUCCAGUAACCUCUAGCCAGCCUCCAAAUAAAGCUACACGUUCUGCUUGUGAUUUUAGAACAGGAAAAAUGUAUAUGUUUUCCGGAUCUUCAAAUACAGUAAAUCCUACCAUGAACAUUUUAGAUACAAAAACAUUAACAUGGGGAGUUGGUAGUAUAAUUGGAGCACCAUCAGGAAGAUAUGAUUACACUGUCACUUUAUUAUCAAAUGGUAAUAUUGUUUAUAUAGGCGGUGUAGACUCUUCUGGUGUGGUAAAGUUGUUAACGAUACCUUUAUAUAAUAUCAAUGAUGACACAUGGUAUUCGAUGACUACUACGGGUUAUCUGCCAACACCUCGAGGGCAUCAUUCUUCUGUUCUAACAAAAGAUGGUCGUAUUAUUGUAUAUGGAGGUUAUAUUGAUCGAAUUACAUUGGUUCCAGUUUUAGAUGAUCUUGUGGUGUUAGAUACUGGAGGAACUGUUUUUACUUGGUCAAAAGCGAAUGUUUCUACUCUUUCACCUCCUUCACGUUGUUAUCAUUCUGCUACUUUGGUUAAUCAUUAUAUGAUUGUACUUUUUGGAAGAAACGAUCUUUAUUUACCAUCAUCGACAAUGAAUGAAGUAUAUAUUUUAGAUACAAGCGACAAAUUUGAUUAUAAAUGGAUUAGCGAAUAUAAAAUUGAUGAACCUGUACCGACAAUAAAUUCUACUUAUACUAACAAUAACACUAACCCUGACACCAAUAUAGCAUUAAUAGCAUCGACAGUAGUUUUAGCAUUUUUAUUUGUUUUAGCUAUCUGCUUAUUAAUUUUCUUUUGUCGUAAAAGAAAUCGAAAUAUUUUAUUGAUAUCUGGUUCGAAUGAACAAUAA